AUGGCGGAAGGUUCGAGUGCCGCCAGAAAGACACCAAGAGGGGCUAGUUCCGCGACUGUUAGCGCCCCGGGUAAAAAGGUAAUGAAUGUCUUGUCGGAAAUGCACAAGAGUGUGCUUAACAAGCCACGAGAAAUGGAAGAUAGCAUGGAAGUGGGACCGAGUAAAGAACAGAGCAAGGUCCGCACUGACACAGAAUGGGCUCCACUCAGAGUGGCUCUGGAGACAGCAUUCGCAGGACGUAGCGGAGACAGCAUAGAGCGAUCAAAGGAAAUACUCGAUGGCGGAAACGAAAUUAAGAGGUACAAUUGGAAAAAGAGGUAUCAGUUCCAUGAGCACAGUGGGAAAGAACUACAAGAGCCAGACGAACGAAGGACAAUAACUGUGAACAGCAGGACAGAUAUGAGUAGAUGUGUGGAAGUGGAUCAAAAUAGAGCUACAAGAGGAGUGGCAUGGAGGAAGACAAGUUGUUCGGGGAAGCCGGCUUGUCAAGAAAAGCUCUAUACAGGGCUUGGAAGGCCUGAGGAAAGAGGAGGCACGGAUCAGAGAAGAUGUUUCAAUUGUAGAAGAUAUGGACAUAUUGGGAGAGAGUGUCCGUAUAAGCGCACGCAAGUAAACCAGAUUGAGAAAACUAAGGGGUUCCUGCAAAACGGAAAACAGGAUAACCUGACCGAAGUGAUAGGUAAAGCGACGAGCCUAGGACUUAAGGUAUAUAUGGGGAGUAAAGGUUCAUUGGUAGGUGAGAAAUGUGCGGCCCAAAUAAGCAUGCUAAAUCUGCAGGUACCAGCUAUACUGGACACAGGGUCGAUGAUUAGCAUUGUUCCUGUGGGGGUGCUGGCACGCGCGAAGAAGGCAGGUUAUGACGUAGAUGUUUUAGAGGUGAUACCCGACAGAAAGUUAAACCCGGUAUAUGACGCCUCGACCAACAGGAUGAACUUCCUGGGAGCUGUUAAAGUCCCUGUAAAAUUAGAAGGGGGAAAGAAGAGCAUAGUAGCAUUCCACAUAUCGGAUGUCAAGGAUGAUGAUGUACUGAUCGGCACGAAUGCAUUGGCAGCCUUGGGAGUCGAUAUAAUACUCAAAACGGAGGAAAGGCAACAGGAUGUGCUCGACGGGAAAAGAGUAGUAGUAACAAAGCGGGUGUACAUUCCUCCACAUAACUCAAUACUAGUGCCGGCGCGAUGUGAAGGAGGCAGUGAACUAGAAGAGAGGGUAGUGUGGCCAAGUAGGGAGGACCUACCCGUCGGGGUGUUCACAGUGAAGAAUCAGGAACUGGACAUUCCAGUCAUGAACACCACGGAGAAGCCAAUGAUCCUUAAAGAAGGAGAGGAGUUAGGACAAUGGGGAACAGAGAAGUGGAAAAGUAAGUGGGAAGAAAUGAAUCCACUAAUGAUGGACAAAGAGAUACCACACCUCGAUAGGGAGGAACGCCGUAACAUCCUGUAUGCACAGCUGAGGGAAGGUUCCAAGAUCAAGUUCUGGAAGGAUGGAGCCGUUUGUAUGGACCCAGAUGGAUUGAGGAAACUAUUGCGAGUGGCGUAUAAAAGAUGCAUCGACUGGACUGAAUUCAUUUGCGAAAACGAAGGAAUAAGGCGCCACGAAAGGAUCGAUAAUUACGAGUUUGACAGGAUCUACGAUGCAGCCUUUAGAAGAGCCAAAAUGGAAUUAGAAGGCGAAGAACAAGGCCAUGGACCGGUAAAGGAAGGCGGCACAGCAUUUGCAGCUCCAGCGUCAGCACUGUUAUUGGAACGAGAUGGUCCGAAGCGAGGCAUUCUCACAAGAGUUGCCACCACCUUCAACCAGCUAAAGGAAGUCUUGCAAGAAUGGAAGGAUUACCGCACAUGGGUCAUCGUCUGGCCGAAAGACCAACUGGCAGUGAACAGUGACUUAUGCGAGGUAAUGAAAACGUGCGUGCAGCAGUUUGAAGAAGGUGGAAAAAUCGUGACUGUGUGGCCCCCUAUAAUGGAGAAAAUCGCGGACGAAUGGAAAAAGCUUAUAGAACUAUAG